AUGAGGCAGGACUGUGUAGAGAGAUCAGUCCAUUCUGAUGAGAAGGUGAGUGGGCCCCAACACCUAUCUAUCUAUCUAUCUAUCUAUCUAUCUAUCUAUCUAUCUAUCUAUCUGUAUCUUUGUCUGUUUCUAUCUAUCUAUCUAUCUAUCUAUCUAUCUAUCUAUCUAUCUAUCUAUCUAUCUCAGCCUGAUCAUAUCUAUCUAUCUAUCUAUCUAUCUAUCUAUCUCAGUCCUUUCAUAUCUAUAUUUUUCAGACGUUCAUAUGUAUCCAUCUAUCUCAGUCUGAUCAUAUCUAUCUAUCUAUCUAUCUAUCUAUCUAUCUAUCUAUCUAUCUAUCUAUCUAUCUCCAUUCUGUUCAUAUCCAUCUAUCCUUGUAUCUAUGUAUCUAUUUAUGCAGCUAGCUCCUGUGGUGAAUUACAACGCCCUCUCCCCUCUUCAGACAUAACCUUUCCCCAGGCAUGUUCUUUUUUGAUUCAUUUUCAUCAUUUUUACCAAAUUCUUUACUUCAUGCAUUAUUUUUUCCUUUCUUUAUUCAAUUCUUUUUUUACAUUUUUUUGCGUUUUUCUUUCCGUUAUUUUCCAAGGUCCUUUCUUCUUUCGAUCUUUUUUUUUCUGUCUCUCUCUGUUUUUUAUAUCACUCUAUCUAUAUAUCUAUCGAGUUUGUCCCCCUCACAUUUUUAUAGUCGUCUUUCUUUUUUUAAUUAACAAGGUUCUUUGUUUCUUUAAUUUUUACAUUCUCCCUUCCUUUCCGGAUUUUUACGACCACCUUUCUUUCUUUCUUUCUUUCUUUCUUUCUUUCUUUUCUCUCAUUUUUAUAACCUUCUUUCUUUCUUUCUUUCUUUCUUUCUUUCUUUCUUUCUUUCUUUUCCCACAUUUUUAUAACCUUCUUUCUUUCUUUCUUUCUUUCUUUCUUUCUUUCUUUCUUUCUUUCUUUCUUUCUUACUUUCUUUCUUUCUUUUCCCUCAUUUUUAUAACCUUCUUUCUUUCUUUCUUUCCUUCUUUCUUUCUUUCUUUCUUUCUUUCUUUCUUUCUUUCUUUUCCCUCAUUUUUAUAA